AGGGAUUGAGGUGGGGGUGUCCACAUGCAUACUAAUGCCUGUAUUUUGAUGUAACACCCAAAUACAGUGCAGUUGACUUAACAUUAUGUGGCUAAUAGGUAAUGCAUGCCCCAUCAUCAUUGUAUAGGAAUUGGGUGGGUUGCACUAUGACUAUAGCUCUAAUGGCACUUUCCCUACCACUGAGAGUAGGCAUAAAAGCAACCCUUUUCCCCUCCUCUUCCAACCAUGAACCACAGCUCAUAUUUUCUACUUGCAACAUUUCCUCAACAAGGUCAGCUAUGGCUCUAAGGAUCAAGACCCCCCUUCUACUUCUCCUCUUUCUACUUAUUUCCUCACUAUCUUCAGGCAAAGCUGAUGGCUUCAACAACAACGCGAACCCCAUUUACUCCCUUCACAAGGGAGCCGUCCGAAUGAAUUUGAGGAAGCUUCUGGUGUUCGAUACAGUGUUGGAUUAUGAUUAUACGGGAGCUAACCCCAAGCAUGAUCGGAAGGGAAAACCUGGCAGUGGAGGGAAGAACCCCUAAAUUCUGUGGAGUGUCCUGCCUCUGUGUCCUUAUCUAAAUAAUAAAAACUAUCCCAGAGAGAUUUUGAUCAUGAGGAUACUAAGUAGUUACUAUAUCUAGCACUCCAGUAUCGAGUUUUUUAAUAAGCACCCUCUUUUGGGCACAGAGAGCACAUACAGGGUAAUUCACAGGAUAGUGUUUCAGAUACUCUAUUGUGUACUACUGGAUAUGGUCAUUGCUACUGUUUAUCUUAUAAUAAAUAACAUUCAAAUGAA